GUUCUUUUCAUAACAGCUCUCAAGAGAAACGUCAGUGUAGUAUGGCAGGCUCCUCUCAGCUUUAUAAGAAAAGUACAUUUCCUCCACUUCUGGACUCUUACUUACCACUUAAUUACCAGAAUCAGAACAAGGAAAAUUGGCAAAAAACAGAAAAAAACAAAAAGGAGCCAAUAAGGAACAACAGCCAAAUUUUAAGUGAGGAAGAAAAGGAUGAACUCAUCAAGCAAGCUCUGCUGGAAAAGCAUCAUCUUGAAACCUACAAGAAUCUUUACAAGAUAAGAGAUAUCUUAUAUGAACGCUACAAGACUUUGUUGAAUAAGAAGGUGCUAAAGCAACGAAUUCAGAUCAAGGCAUUUGAUUUGAAACACCAACAACAACUUAAGCACAAAGAACAAAAGUGUACCCCGCGUCGUAAACUUCCUUUCUGCAAGCUGUCUCAUGAUACAAAGUACAUGGAGUCCGUGUCACAGUCAAACAGCUACUGGGUUACUGGAUUGCAGAAUGAACUAACUAAACUUGGAAUCAUAAAGACCCAGCAAGAUUAUGAAAACUUUUGGAAAUUUGCUUGGGAGGAUGUUCCUGGUCCAAAGAUCAAAGAGAAGCUUCCUGAUAUAAAAGCAAGAAGCUGAGUAUCUUCAUAAUUUCUGGAGAUUGGGAUAAGAUUCAUCUCUACAAGAAAAGCAGACACCUAUUUUAUUUAUUCUUUUGCUGGCCAAUAUUUUAAAUAAGGAAAUCGCUCCCAAGAAGAUCUUGUGAGCGUUUGCACAUAAUCUCACUGGCAAAGUGGCAUGUAGGAGAUGAGAAAUAUGGGUUGGACUAUUGAUACUAGCAAUUUCAUUUGUCCAAGUCAUGCCAUCUUCCUUACUCUAUACAUAGACACAGCCACAAGGAAAACCCUGAAAUAUAUUCACUUCACUCAUCUUUGACAGACUUUUCUCAAAAAUUUCCCCCUCUAGAUGCAUUUACUUUAUAUUUUUUUAUUUGAUUGAUUGAAUCUUAUAAUUUACCUAUCUCACAAUGGUAACUCUGGGCACCUAACAGCGCAUAAAAACAAACUAGCAGACAAACAGUAAUGAAGAGUAAAAAGCUUACACUAGUAAUCAAGAGAAAACCCCAAGAGAACAAUCAACAAAAUCCUUCCAUGAACCACCUAGCCUUCUAAACCCCAAGCCCUGGAACACAUUUAGGUCUUCAGCACUUCACAAAAGGCCAGUAGAUUGAGGCUGAUCUAAUCUCUGAUUUUCCAGAAUGCAGGUGGUGUGACAGAAAAUGCAUUCCUAGGUCCCAGUGAAAUUUGUAAUAAAACUGUUGUAUUACAAGAAAUGUUGAGCUGAUAAUAUUGUUUCAGUUGAUGAAAAUAAAUUUAGUUAUGCUAUUUACAUCAGAGCUUCAAUAUUUACUUUCUGUUUUCAAUCUCUAGUGUCCGCUGCUAAAUCUUUACUUUUUUCUACUCCAACUGGAAUCAAGCCACUGCAGCAAGUUAAAAGCUUUCCAAAUAGCAGACUGAAAAAAGUCCCUGCUUAGAGAAAGCUGCUGAGAAAGGGUGAAUGAAGACUGCUAUUACAAAAUGUUUCUUGUGAAAAAAAACCAGAAGCCAGUCAUGAUAAUACAAAGCUUGAGGACCACUAUAUUAAGCAGACUACAGCUCUUUUGUUGCAAUCUGUGGAUAUUUGCUGCCCAUCAACUCCUACGAAAAUGAAGAUGAAAAGCCAACAGCAAAUGGAACAAAUGUUUUCCAAGUUCCUGCUUUCUGAUGUGGGGAAAAAGCAAGGGGAGCCAUUGAAAUCUCAGCAGGUGGCGUGUUCUUCAGCUCCUCUUCACCAGAAGGAAUCAGAGAAAAGAAGGAAGCAUGAAACACAUCUUCAUCAUCUUCAUCAUUUAUAUUACUUUUCCCUUAUUAAAAUGGCACUGUCCAAGAGGCUCCUAAAGCAAAAUGGUCAGUUUUCAGAUGUCAGAAAAGGGCAAAGUGUCCAUGAUCUGAUGGAGUAUUUGUUUCCAAAUGGUCACGAACAUUCCAGACUGAAAUGCAAGAUGGUAAUAGAAGAAAACACAAUUCCAUGUUUAAUUCAUGCAAACAAGCAAGAAAUGCAUCAGAAAGACUCUCCCAGGGUGCUCGGAAUUCCAAAAGAAAAGAAAAUGUUGUUGAAGCAAGAGAAACAUGUUAAUACGAUUGAAGAUGAGAAAUCAUCUGCUGUUGGUGAGAAGGACAUUAUUGCUAUGCCUUUAGCUCUGGAAGAUGUAGCUCUUUACCAUCCUGUAAUAGAACCCAAGCAAAUAGGCAAAUGUUGGACAAACUACGCUGGCAAAAAUUCCUUCAACCAUGAAAAAUAUUAACGAAAUAUUUGGUACUGUGAAAACAUGCUAUGAAUACUUUAUAUGAUUUAUAAUUAUAUGUGUACUGUAUCCUUCUCCUGCCACUCUUUCAUUGUAAUUCUCUAAAUACGACUUUUUGAUACACAUUCAUUCUUACUAACUCUGAACAGUUUCACAUUUUUAAUUGUUCUGUUGCUCUCACGGUAUUGCUCAAGUCUCUGAGAACACCAGUAGUUCUUUGUAUUUUCAGUAAACAUUUUUCAAAUAAAUUCCAUUUUGUGCAAGCUGAUACCCUAAUUCACAUUUUCAUGAAUGAAGAGGAAGACCCUUGACUGAAUGUUCUUCAUUGAUGCUCUGCUUUUCUCUCUCUCUGACUCUCUGCUUUUAAACAUGCUUUCUGGCCAGGGUGCUAAGGAUAUGCUAAGGAUUAUCUCUCAGAUAUUUUUUUAGCUCUGAUGUUAUUGUCUUCUCCACAUCUUUGCGAGAGGUGAUGAAAAACUUAACAGGUUGGCUUGAAUUCAUGGUCCAUAACUACCAUGUGGUCUUUUUCACAGAAAUUGAUAGUUUUUGAACAGAGAGUUGUUAGUACUCAGCAAACUGGUCAAAAGUACCAUCCAGAUUAUCUGCUCUUGUUCUCAGGUCUUCUAGGUAGCUAUAGCAUGUGGGAGGUUGGAUGGGGGCCAGCUCUUUGCUCCUAUCCCUAUCCCUGGAUUUUUGAAAGCUGAUUUGAGCUGAAAAGGACUUUACAGUUUACAAACUCUCGACUUUUCCUUUCUAUGAUUCAUAAACAUAGGAGGAGGGGGUCUGGAUCAUGGAUUAGACUUCUUUGGCACAUAUCCUUCCUGCAACUAAUUGCCUCUUCUUGCCUGGCUACUGUUUUAAGAUUCUAAAUUAACUUUAGUCCAGCUUCCCAGAGAACUACAAUAUUCCGAUGCUGGCAUAUACCAGUCUUCUUCAGUGUGAUGCCAUGCAUACUAUAAUCCCCAUCGCAUACAGAUCUAACCAUGGCAAUAUCGGACUUUGUAUUGCAAUGUCUUGGAACUUGUAUUAAUAUGUACAUUCCACAUCAUUAUCUAAAUUCCUUUUGCCACCACAAUUUGUUCAUCGUAAACUUUAUAGAUAAAUAGAUCAACUCCCAGCUACAAAGAAACCAGCUAAGCUUUUUUGAUUAAUUGAUGGGAAUGAAGUCUGAUGAUUGGGGCGGAAGAAAUAUCUACUCUCUGGGAAUUAUUUCCCCCUUUACAGUCUUCUGUGGUUUCUGUAUUAUAAAAGAACACAAUAAAGAGAAAUUAUUUUUCUUAUUUAACAAAAUUAAUCAAUUUAAAAUUACGUAAUGAACAAUUAUUCAUUUGGCUAAGAGACCUCAUUCCCACUGCCUGCAAUUCAACCUAGAAAAGUAUUACACAUUUGUUAAAUUAUAUUUUUUUAAAAAAUAGAAAGCAUUAGAGAUUACAUAUUUUAACUUAAGAGUCUUAACCGCUGCUUUUGGGACUGUGGUUCCAUCAUUUAUUACUUAUAAUCUACUCCACUAUUGUUCACCUACUAUCAUCCCUUUCUUGCUAAUAUUCAGUUGAGUAUUCUAUUUAAAUACUUUUUCCCCGCUUUAGGGCUAAUUAAUGCUACUACCCCAAUUUUUCAAUAAAGGGAAAAUGUUGUUUUAUAUAGCUACAUGGCUAUAUUUGAGUAUAAUUGUGUGUAUCAUUCCUUACACUUCUUGGCAAAAUUAAAAUCCAGGCUAAAAUUUGUAGACAGCAAGCUGCUGUUCUGGUUCAAUUGAAUUACUGCCUUUCCAGCUAUAACUAUCAUAAUUGCUGCUGUAGGAGGGCAGUAUCAUGGAGUUGGUUUUUGUUUUUGUUUUUGGAUUAUGUAACAAUUUCAUCUUCAUACUGAGUCUUGGAUAUCUUACCCAAGAUGGUCAGAUGUAUUGCAGAAUAUUAAUUCAAACUGUAUAAUCAAAAUAUGUAUGCAAAUCUCCCAGGAUGAUGUGCCAGUGAUUAAAAUAAUCUGAAGUUUUGA